UGACGUCAUGCGGCAACCUGCCUGGUGGCUGCCGGGGCGCGGCAGAGCUGGCGACGCCUGCGCGCGGGACGCUAGCGGCGCGGACCCGAGCGGCCAUGUACGACCCCGAGCGCGGCUGGAGCCUGUCCUUCUCGGGCGGCGGAUUCCUGGCCUUCUACCACAUUGGGGCGACGCGCUGCCUGAGCGAGCGCGCCCCGCACCUCCUGCGCGAUGCGCGCAUGUUCUUCGGCUGCUCGGCGGGGGCGCUGCACGCGGUCACCUUCCUGACCGGGCUCCCGAUGGACCGGAUUCUGCAGAUGCUCAUGCACAUUGUCCGCAAGGCCAGGGCAAGGAGCAUGGGCACCCUCCACCCGUAUUGCAACCUGAGCAGUAUCCUGCAGGAGGGGCUCCAGGAGAUCCUCCCGGACAACGUGCACCAGCUCAUCUCCGGCAGAAUCUGCAUCUCGCUCACCAGAGUGUCGGACGGGCAGAACGUGCUGGUGUCCGACUUCCAAUCCAAGCAGGAAGUACUGGAUGCCUUGCUGUGUUCCUGCUUCAUCCCCUUCUUCUGUGGCUUAAUCCCUCCGACCUUCAGGGGUGUGCGUUACGUGGAUGGAGGUGUGAGCAACAACCUGCCGGUCCUGGACUCCCAGACGACCAUCACGGUGUCCCCCUACUAUGGGGAGUGUGACAUCUGCCCGAAGAUCAAGUCCACGAACUUCAUGCAGGUGACCGCUGGCAACCUGAGCUUCCGCCUGUGUCUGGGGAACCUCUACCUCCUCUCCAGGACCAUGUUCCCUCCCAACCUCAAGGUGAUAGGGGAGCUCUGCCUCCGAGGCUACCUGGACGCACUCCGCUUCUUGGAGGAGAAAGGCAUCUGCAAUGGGCCCCAGCCCAGCCUGACGUUCUCCAAGCGAGAGCAGAAGCCGGAGGUCGCAGCGCACAGCUGGGAAGGCCCAGUGCAGGGCCUGGCCGAGGUCGGUGAGCUGCUGGACCACCUGCGUCUCAGCAUCAGGCCCUGGGACGAGCGCAUCCUGGAGUCCCUGUCGCCCUCGCUCACUGUAGUCCUGAGCAAACUAAUUAAAGACUCCGGCGGUUUCCUGAGCAAAGUCAGCAACCUGCUGCCCGUGCGGAUCUUGACCUACGCCAUGCUGCCCUGCACACUGCCUGUGGAGUCUGCAAUUGCCAUCGUCCACAGACUGGUGUUGUGGCUCCCGCAUGUCCCUGAUGAUGUCCGUUGGCUGCAGUGGCUGACAUCCCAGGUCUAUGCCCGUGUGACCACAUGUCUGCUCCCUACUUCCAGGUCCCAGAUGUCAGGGAGCAGCCACCCGUGAACCCCGGAAGGUGGUGUUGCAGGCUUAGACUGCAAGGGGCCAGCAGGGGGCGCUCCCGCCUGGGUCCAGCUUGUCCCUCCACUACACAGCAUCUUUGGGGAGAGGGACCUGCCUUCCCUGCUUUCCCAGAAAAGGGUCUUAGGGUUAUUUGAGGAGGUACCUGAUGACCCUUCCUGAGGUCCUGAGCCUUCCCACCUUGCCCAGAUGUCCUGCUGUUUGUGAGCUCAAGGUCCCCGCCUCUCUCCCGGAUUGAUUUGUCCCUUACCCAUGGCUUUGGUGGUGGGCAGCCGGGCGUCCGUGCACAUGCAACUCUGGUAUUUAAGCUUCAGUUGGCUCUGUGGGUUGGGCAGUGUCACAGGAAGCCUGGCACAGAGGCUCUGACGGCUGUGUCUGUCACAGCCCCCUCCUGGCUGGGCAGUACCGAGGACGGCCUCGGUGUGGACAGCAGGGGCCGUGAGCCCUGACCUUGCUCUGGCGGUCAUCAGGGCAGGGGCCUGGGUGUGGGCUUCUGGCGCUGUUAGAGCCUCUGAGGGCCGGCCUGAGCGGUUAACUGUUAUGAUGGUACAGACACCAGCUUUGGGUUCUUCCGGGAAAGCCCUCCCCAGCCCAUGGGAUUCCAGGGGCCUUCCCUCUACCCAUCUUUUAAAUUGUUUUUCACCCUUCUUAUAAUGCGUAUGUGUAAUAUCUGUCUGCUGUUAAAUAACAGGACAGAGUCCAGAGCUUUGGCACUAAGCCGCACAUGCCCUGUGUUUGUGUAUUUUGAGAGAGUCUUACUGCAUUAACCCCCUGGGCUCAGAGCCCCCUGCUCUAGCCACCUGGGUGCUGGAACGACAGGGGUAUGGCACUUUGUCUGGCUAGGAUCUUUUUUUUAAAUUGCUGGGCUCAAACCCAGGGCCUCACCCGUGCCAGGCAGGCUGUCCACCGCCGAGCAGACCCCGCCUCCUUUGUGUGACGAAGGGGAACACUGGGGAAGCAUCGCUGGCAUCCCUUUGCCCCGUGCCUUAGAUGCCGCUCUGCCCACUGGAAGUUGCUGUCAGCACGGGAAUCCUUGCUGACCCUCCCACCCUGCAAGCGGUGCAUACACUGGGCUGUGAAGCUCCGCUCAGGAUAGGACACUUAGUGUCCGGGAACAGCGGAUCGUGUUUUUAUUUGUAGACAGAAAACUAGGUGCAGAAAGCGAGCCCCCCCUCUGGCAGAGGACCGAGGGAAUGUUUUACACUUACCAUUUUGCUGUUAUUUGUGAUGGUACUGUUUGUGGUGCUUUCUGAAUUUCUCUGCUAAACACGUAUUUCUUUCAGCCUUGGAGGAUGGUUCACAAUAAAUGUGAUUUUUAAAACACA